AUGAAUAGGCGUAGACAAAAGAAGAUCCCGAAUAAAUUAGCCUCACUUCCAGAUGAUCCUGAUGAUUCUGAAAUAGAAGGGGAUAUAGAAUCAGAAGAAGAAUCAGAUGUUACCUCUAGUUCAUGUGAUGAAGAAAGUUCAUCAUCUGAAACUGAGGACACUGAUAAUGCUAGUAACGAUCUAGAUUGGUCGAAAUCCACCGAAAGGUUAAAUCUUUUUAAUGGCAUUGAAACGGAUCCAGAACUUUUGUUUAACUUGACAAACGAUACUUGUGAAAUUGAAUAUUUUCUUUCUAUUUUCAGCGAGAAUAUACUGACUAAAAUAGUUAAAGAAACUAACAGAUAUGCUGCACAAAAAGAAAGAAAAUCUUCAAAAACACGUAGGUCCUCUGGAUCCGAUAAUGAUUGGAUUGAUUUGACUGCAAAAGAAUUGAAGGCUUGGAUUGGAAUGAACGUUUUUAUGGCGAUUCAUAAAUUACCGAGUGUAGAUUUGUACUGGAGUUCGGAUCCUGCUCUCAGAGUAGAUGUAAUUGCAAACGUCAUGACUCGAAAUCGUUUUCAAAAAAUCACUGCAAUGUUGCACUUGAAUAACAAUAACAAUUGUUUUCCCAAAGGAGAUUCAAGAUUUGAUAAAUUACAUAAAGUGAGGCCUUUAGUCGAAGCAUUGAAUAGGUCAAUAAAAGACGUUUAUAAACCUUCCAAUCUUGCUGCAAUUGAUGAAUCUAUGAUUUCAUUUAAGGGACGUUCUUCACUAAAACAGUACAAUCCAAUGAAACCGAUAAAAAGAGGGUACAAAGUUUGGUGCUUAGCCGAUUCUGUAACAGGCUUUGUUUCUAAUUUCGAAAUUUAUACUGGUAAAUCAGAAAACAAAAAUUCUAACGAUACAUUAGAACGCGUUGUUCUGAAUUUGACGGAAGGCAUUCAAAACACUGGCACUUUGGUAGCAUUCGACAACUUUUCCACGUCUGUGAAACUUGUAUCUAGCCUUCAUGAAAAAGGGAUUUUCUCAGUUGGUACCGUAAGGGCGAAUCGAAUAGGACUUCCUGACAUGAUGAAGGAAAAAUCGAAAAUGCAAAGAGGUGAGUACGUAUUUCAAAGAAAAGGUGCUGUUACUGCUAUAAAAUGGAUGGAUGCAAAGCCAGUGACGCUUCUGUCAUCAGCGCAUCAUCCAAGUGUUGUAAGUGCUGUAAAAAGGAAAACUAAAACUGGAAAAAAAUAG